GCCCGGCCCUCGCCUGUGCCGGGCAGGAGAGGGCCCAGCGGCGCCGCGGGAGCUCCGGGUGCCCCGGGCUCGGGGGGGCGCGGUUCUGCGCUGCGGCCGGGCUGGCGGGGCCGGGGGCGCUCGGCCCACCCUUCCCGAAGCAGGGGCAGGCCGCUGCUCGGGUGCGGGGGGAGCAGGCGGGAGCGGGGGCUGGAGGCCGCGGCUGGCACGGGGGGCAGGGACAGGGACGGGAGCCGUCGGCCUCCUGCCGCCCCCUCCCUGCUGCUUGCCGCCUGCCCCGGAGUUUGCUGUAGAAUUGGUCGGGCUGUUGUUCUCUGCUUCCAUCUCCGGGACCUGGAGUGCUUCAACCUUCCGCUUUGGUGGAGGAAACCAGUUUUGUUGUCGUUCGGCCUCGACAGCCUUGACUUCGUGCUCGGGCUGUAGAUGUCUGUACAGCGUCUCUUUGCAGGUCUCGCGGAUGUGUCGAUAUCAGAAGAUAUUCCAGUGGAGGGGGAGAUUACUGUUCCUGUCGGAUCUCGCUCUCCUGAUGAAGACUACUCCACGCUGGAUGAGCCUGUUAGGGAUACUAUUAUGAGGGAUCUGAAAGCCGUUGGGAAGAAAUUUGUUCAUGUCAUGUAUCCGAAAAAGAGUAGUGCGCUUCUCAGAGACUGGGAUCUUUGGGGCCCUUUGGUGCUUUGUGUCUCGCUUGCACUGAUGCUUCAGGGUGGAUCAGCAGAUAGCAAAGACGAUGGAGGGCCCCAGUUUGCUGAGGUCUUUGUCAUCAUCUGGUUUGGCGCGGUUGUCAUCACACUAAACUCAAAGCUUCUUGGAGGAACUAUAUCUUUCUUUCAGAGCCUGUGCGUUCUGGGUUACUGUGUCCUGCCCCUGACAGUGGCCAUGCUGGUGUGCAGGCUGGUACUGCUGGCAGGUUCUGGGACCAUCAGCUUCAUCAUACGUCUAAUUGUAGUAGUAGCUAUGUUUGGUUGGUCAACGUUAGCAUCCACAGCUUUCCUGGCAGACAGUCAGCCUCCAAACCGCAAAGCUCUUGUUGUGUACCCCAUCUUCCUCUUCUACUUCGUUAUCAGCUGGAUGAUUCUCACCUUUACACCUCAGUGAUCUCCGAUCAGACAAGACUGUGUAAUACGGACUGAAGUUUUUUCAUGAACACUGCAGUUAAUCAUUGGCUUUAUCUCUUUCUAAUUUAUAUAUAUAGAUAUUGUAAAAAGGCAGGUUAUGGGAUAAAGCCAGAGAACUGCAAAAAUUGGUCAUUUGUGUGUCCCUCUUUUUGAAAGAUACAGGGGUCCAGCUGCUGAGGGGUUUUUUUUAUUUAGCCCUACUCUUUAGUUGUGCUAAAUAAAAAACGCCUGCUGUGACAAGGAUUAUUGUACCUGGGGAACAGAGCAGGAGAUCCUGGAGUUUCAGGACGUCGGGUAGAUGAAGAUGAAGUUAUAGGAUCGCACGACUUGGCCGAGUUCUUGCUUGUGCUUGGAUUCUUCCUGAAGAUGAAUAUGCCUUAUGAAAUAAUAGAACUUCAUCACUGUUAUGUGUUGGGUAGGGAAGAAAUGUGUUUGACUCCUUUUUCAUUCACUUAGAGUGGUGAAAUGUAUAUAAAGUGCAUCACAGGACUGUGAGCUUUCACUUCAAUCAGAUUUCAGCAGAAAAGAAGUUGGGUCCGUUUUGCAGUUAAUUGGAGCUGGGCAGGAGGAAACUGCCUUUGCUCAUGUUCAUUAUUUAUGUUUCAUCCCUUCAUAUGUCUAGAAAGCAGUGUUUCAGCCAAAUGCCUUCAGCACCAUAGUUACACUGACUAAUCCGCGUAUCGCUCAAGAGGGAGCGUGCUUACACUGGAUAACUACAAAUCUUUUCAUGUGACCGCAGGUUAGAGAGUUACAAGUCCUGGAGAAACAGUCAGGGCUGGUUUGCAACAGGGACUUGGUUGUGUGUCUGCAUAUUGAGACUGGAAAAUUGUCUGGGGAGUACCAAGUAAAGUAUAUAGAUAUGUUUUAAAAAAAAAAAAAAAAAAAGGCUGUGUGAAGUAAGUUGAGGUUUUGCUACGGUAAGAUAUUUGGGUGCUAAUGUACCACACCAGGACUUAAACCUGAAAGUUCUAAAAUGAGUUGAAGGAAGGAAACUAACUGAUGAUGCAGGUGGUGGCUGCUGUGAAGUAGGAUAUGCAUUCCGGUUCAACUGCUCUGAUGUGACUUUUCAUCUGGUUGUUUACAUGGGCAGCGUUUCAACAUAAACGCGUACGAGUGUGCGUAUUGUUUCUUUGUGCUUACAGUGAGAUGCGGGAAACUUUUCUAUAGGUUUUUUGUUUGGUUUGGGGUUUUUUGCUUAAUACUUUUUAUAAAAGGGGAGGAGGCUUUCUUCUCCAGUUCCCUGUAGGUGCAUUUCUGUACCUUGCCUGGAGACCCACGUGCGGGUAUACGAGUGUGUCACUGAUAUUUCAGCGUGGGGAUUGAGACCUGGAGAGUUACUCUUUGAAAACUGUAUGGAAAUUAUUUCUGGCGUCCAUUAUUUUCAGUAAGCCAUCCAAGGGGAGAGCUUUGAAACAUCUGGGGGUGAAAAAGCUGCUGUUAAAAAUGUCACUUUUUCUGAAAAUGAGCAUCGUAUUUCCUUUUUCCUCUAGCAAUGCACAUUGACCUGAAACGGAUGUAUGUGGCUCCUGCUGAGGUGUAAAUAUACCUAAUUUAUAUUUAUAUAUAAAAGUGCAGUUUCUGCUAUAAACACUAUAAGUAUUUGGUAGUUGGGAUGGAAAUUCCUAAAUGUGCAGGGUGAAGGUACAUUUUUGCAUUUCUGGGAGUGUGGAGAAGAGGGAAGGAAAAAUCAGUUGCUCUCGGCAGGGAGCCAGCUUUGCAGCAGAACCGCCGUUACCAGUGGGCGCGUGAAGGGGACGGCCGUUCUCGCUGCUUUGGCCGUGGCUCUGCGAAGGCGGCGUGAGGGGAACUGUAGCGUUUCAUAGACAUGGAUAUAAAAUAGAAAUAGGGAAUUUUUAAACUUCUGUUAAAUUAUUACUGGCAUAGAAUGUGAUUUUUUCAGUACACAGUUUUCUGUCCGUUUAAAUGUUAGUUUAGCUUUAUGAAGCUGAAAAGAAAUAUUCAAGGGAAGUUGCUAGUAAAGUGCUAGUAAUGGCUACAGUGGGAUUUGUUGAGCCAAUCUUUCUUUCCUGCUGCAGUACGGGAAUUUGACUGUACUUUUAGAGAAAUCCUGGGAAUUCUGUCUCUAGUGUCUUGUGACUAAAGCUGAUAAUAUAUCUGAAAGAUAAUUGGAGUAACAUUUAAUUGAUGCAGUAUCUUUUUGAAAAGAAGGAAAAUAAUUUUUAAGAGGAAUUAAAAUCCCAGCUUUUUCCUUGCUUGUUUUUGACUUAGAUACAAGUCUCAUGAUGCUUUGUUCUGUAACCUUGCUCUUGGCUUAUACAAGAGAAAAUAAAAUUAUUUUUAUAUUAACUAGAUUUACUUUUCAACCGGUCACCGAAGUUUUUAGUCGAGAGGUGUUUUUAAUCGGAAAGAAUAGGCAGAAACGUGCUGGUUGUGAAGGUGCGAUUGAUUGUUUUUUGACUCGUGGCAAUCCUUUAGUAUGGAAGCCAUCAUCUAAAGCUGUAAAUUCUUUACGUGGAUUUCUAUCGCUAAAGAUGUAACUUGCCCUAAGGUUUUAGCUGGCAGGAUACAGGUAGGAAACUAGAUUUUCUGAGUUUUCAUGCCUUCAGUUGAAUAAAGUUACAUAUCC